UCAGCUGUGCGCCUCCCUUUAAUUUAAGAUAAAUUGUAAACUUUUAAAUGUAAACUAAUAGAAAAAAUGACGAAUAAAAAUUUACAAUCGCCAACUAAAUUAACGGAAUUUGCUCCGUUACAGCCGGAGGAGAAACAGCAAACGGUGACACAAUUAAUUUCGAAAUUUUUUAAGCUUAAUCGUUUCAACAAUAAUGGACAAAGUAGUCAAAAUCCCGAAACGAGUAAUUACAAAGUCGUGCAGGAAAAUUUACCGGCGUGGGCUGUCGAUAACACCUCUGAAAAUGAAAAGACUUUUAAUGAAGAAGGUUACCCUGAAAUUGCGGAUGGAAGAAGUUUACCGAAUGUAUUAAAGCGUAUUAGUAGUUUAUUAGCGUUAAAUAAGACUAGUAACUCUCCUGUAUAUUCAGAACAGGAUUUAAAGCAAUAUUGGAUGCCUGACUCUGUUAGUAAGGAAUGUUACGAAUGCUGUGAGAAAUUUACUACUUUUCGAAGGAGACAUCAUUGCAGAGUUUGUGGACAAAUCUUUUGCUCUCAAUGUUGUAAUGUUCAAAUUGCUGGAAAAAUUUUUGGAACAGCGGGUUAUUUACGUGCUUGCAUGUACUGUUGCAAAAUCGUUAUAGGAUAUUUAGAAUCAUUAGAUUUAGGUUCAGAUUUAACAGUUUAUUUAAAACAACUCCAAGAGAUUGUAGAUAAUAAACAAGGAUUACAUCAUGAUCCUUCGGUUGAUUUAAUUCAAAGCAGGUUAUCUUCAGCUGAUUUACCUGUAGAUUCUUUGGAUGUAAAUAGUGGGUUGCAUAGGAAGGUUUCAGUGGGUUACCAAGAGGAAAAAUUUGUUCCAGGAAGCACACCAGGAAGUUUUAUUACAAUAGAAGAAAGAUGUAAAGCAUUACAAAAUUCAACAUCCCUCCGUAAUUUAUAUGAAGAAAUUUGCCGUCCAACAACUGGAAUAAUUUUAAGAAAACAAAAAUAUAGAUUAAGAACUUAUUCGGAUUGUUUUUUGGGAUCAGAAUUGGUGGAUUGGUUGAUUAGACAGCAAAAAGCUAAUACACGAAUACAAGCAUGCACUUUCUGUCAAGCUUUGUUGGAGGGAGGUUAUGUUGAAUCAGUUUUUGAUUCAACCACAUUUAUAGAUGGUUUUGCCUUGUACAAAUUAGGAAUAAUUUUACCAACAGAACUAUCUCAGCCAAUGGCAAUCUCGAUAACCCAAGAUGAACCAAAUUGGGUUAAAUUUAUACCGUUAGAAUCGGAAAUUGCAGAUUGUGAUUCUGAUCCAGUAACACCAACGUUUGUGAGAGCACCCGGUAGGUUGACAUCGUCUUCUUCGUAUACAUUAGAUUUAAAUGUCGAGGCGAAUACAGUUUAUAUUUCUAAACCAAUGCCUUCGAAUCACAGCACAUCAUCUGGCGAAGAAACUUUAGAAGCUGACCAGCAAAAUUUUGGAAGUGAAAUAUCCGUAGUGAGGACUACAGAACAAAGAGAGAAAGCUCCUGAAUCUGGUUGGUAUAAUCCUAGUCAACUUCGUGAAGAAAAUAACGAAAAAUUAGCUUAUAAUCUCCUACAAGAUGCUUUUAAACAACACGAAAAUAAUUUAUUGAAACAACUUUUAAAUCAGGAAGGUUUAAAUUUAUCAUGGGCUGAAGUUUUGUUACCAUUAGUACAUGAAAUUGUAGACUUAGUCAGACCAGAUUUAAAUCACAACGCUGAAGCAAUCGAUAUUUGUCAUUAUGUAAAGUUUAAAAAAGUCCCUGGCGGGACAAAAUUGGAUUGCAAAUUGGUUCGUGGAAUAAUCUUUACAAAAAAUAUCGUCCAUAAAAGUAUGUUAAAUCAAAUUGAUAAUCCCAAAGUGUUAUUAUUAGAAGGUGCUGUGGUGUAUCAACGAAUUGAAGGGAGAUUAAUGUCAUUAGAACCAAUUCUUAUGCAGGAACAAGAAAGUUUAAGAAAUUUAGCAGCAAAAAUAAUUGCUUUAAAACCAGAUAUAGUUUUAGUACAACGAAACGUAGCGAGAUUAGCACAAGAUAUUUUACGUGAACAAGGAGUUACUUUAGUGAUUAAUGUAAAAAGACGAAUUUUAGAGGCUUUAUCAAGAUGUAUGCAAGCAGAUUUAAUAACAUCACUAGACGCGCAUUUAAUGGGCAAACCAACAUUGGGAACUUGUAAUAAAUUUUAUUUGCAAUGUUACAAAAGCACGUCAGGUGAAAAAUCAAAAACAUUGAUGUGUUUCGAAGGUUUACCUCAACCACAUUUAAGCAGCACUAUCUUAUUAAGAGGUGCCUCAAAAAUUGAGCUACAAAAAGUUAAAAGAGUCGCUUCUUUAUUACUUUUCACAUGUUAUAAUUGGAGAUUGGAAAAGUCGUUUUUAAUGGAUUUUUUUGCUUUACCACCGCACCAUAAAAACGAAUUCUUUUGUGAUAGCGGUGAAAAUUCACCCACAUUACCAGAAAAUAUCCCAAUUAAAUCGCGUAUAAAUUAUAUUAAAUCCGAAGAUAAAUUUGAUGAUUUAAAUAAAACAAAACGUGAAAAAAACUCGUUAAAAGUCGUCGAAUGUUUCACAGAUCCCUUAAAUUCUUAUGAUAAAGAAGAGGAAAUUAUACCAAAUGAAAAUUUUAAAGGAAAGUUAUCUGUAGCUGAUUUACCAUUUUCAAAUCAAUUUCGAAAACAUUUGGAUGAUACGAUUUUAUGCGUUUCGCCGUAUGUUACGUUUUCUGUUCCAUAUUUGGAGACUGAAAAUGGUAGGAAAUGUAAAUUGAGAAGUUAUUAUCCUGAUCAAAUAUUUAGUAGUGAACAAUUUUUAAAUACUAGUAAGAAAGUGUUGAAAACUGUUGAUGAUAAUUUAAGUAAUAAACAACCAAUCUUAAAGAUAAAACCGCCUCAUCCAUUUAUAACAACAGUAAUUGGCAGAAACAUCGACUCUAAUGAAAUAAAAAAUUCUUUGGCACAUUUCCGUGCUUGCGGUGGUCGCUAUGAAAAAAAACCUUCAAUUGAUUUUAUGAAAAACCAAUCUAAUGAUGAAAAACUUACAGAACACCCCGCCGAAAAUUCAAAUAAACAACUUGAUGUUUUUGAUCCACAUAAUCAUCAAAAAUUGGAUGCUCUUUAUUAUAGUUUUAGUUAUAAAUCAGCGAACGCCCCUGCGUUUUGCGUUAACCCUUGGGUAGUUCACAUGAGUUUUUAUCGAGAUAAUGAUAUUCCUUUGGGAUGUUUUUUGGAAAAAUAUUGUUUUCGAAAAUCGUAUGGUUGCCAAUCAAAAUCGUGUGGUGUUCCAAUGUUAAAUCACAUCAGACGAUUUGUACAUAAUUCGGGUUGCAUAAGUAUAUCUUUAGAUGAGUUACCAAAUAGUUUUACUGAGGAUAGAAUAAUAAUGUGGAGUUGGUGUUCAAAAUGUCAAACUUGUUCGCCUAGCGUUCCUAUGUCUGGUGAUACUUGGUCAUUUUCUUUAGCUAAAUAUUUAGAAUUAAGAUUUCAUAAUGGAUUGUAUACAAGAAGAGGAAAUGUUCCAUGUAAUCACAGUUUACAUCAAGAUAAUUUACAAUAUUUUAGUUACAACAAUAUUGUCGCUACAUUUGAAUACUUACCGGUUGAUUUAUGGGAAAUUUCUUUACCCCCAACUAUAAUAAGUUUUGUACCCGAUCGAAGUAAACAACAUUUAGAAAUGAUAGAAGAAAUUAAGACCAUUGCAUUAAAAGGUCACGAAAUAUUCUCGUUAAUAAGCGAAAAACUUUCAAUACUUUCACCCGAUUUUGAUGGUUUAAACAAUUACAAACAAAUGUUAUUAAAAGAUCAAUUAAUGUUUAAAGAAAUGGUCGAAUUGGUUCAAUGGAAAUUAACUUCACCCACUUUAGAAAAAACUGAGGAUAAUUUUGGGAAUCCAGAAAGUAAAGAUGCUCAAAUGGCAACAUGGAAAAUAUCAGAUACAUUGGUGAGAAUAAAGAAAUUAAUAGCAGAAGCGGUUGAUCAAUGGAAUUUAAUAUUACAAGAAUCCAUUAAAAAACGCGACGCUGAUAAACGAAAAGAAAGAAGCUCACAUUCAGAAAUUGAUAGCCACUCUUCGUCUGAUGUUAAAAGUAGCGCCACCGAUUCUGAAUUUGAUAUUAAAGAUUCUAAAAGUGGAGCUAGUAAUCGAAAUAGGAGUUUAGAUCAAGAACAUGUACCACCAUCUCCUAAAUCUCACCAUCGUUCACAAUCAGAUGGAACAAUUUUAUCUCAAUACGACGAUUCUUACGACGGAAAGAAACACGAUGACCGCAAAACAGUCAAACACAUUUUCUCACAAUUAUUACCAUCAGCAACUGCAUUUACACCAAUUUUACAUACUUUUAAUCCUCAAGAACAUUACACUCUUCCAAUCGGCGUUUACUUUCCAAUUAUUGUCUAUGAAAAUGAACCUAGUUCAAUAAUAGCUUAUGCAUUAAACACUUUUGAUUAUAAAAGAAUUUUGGAGGAAUUCGCGACAAAAAAAAAUCAUCAAAAUGAACCAAGUCCCAGUCCGAGUCAUAAACGGCUUUUAUCCAAUGACAAAGAUAAACGUACUUCAUCUGGGGAUAAAUUGGAAUCGCACGAAUCUUCUUCUGGAUUAUUAUCGUUUUUAAGAAAUAAAGAUAAUAAUAAAGUGGAUGGUGGCAAUAAUGUAAAUGUUGAUGCAAGUCAAGGAAAUGAUCAAACUCUUCACGUUGAUAAAAUUGAUGAUUCAAAAAAACGAAAAAGUUCUCACAUUGAAAUUCAAUUUGAAGAUAGUAACUGUAACUUUUUCUGUCGGAUUUAUUUUGCUGAAGAAUUUACAUUUUUACGAAGUUAUAUGUUACCAAGUGGUGAAGAAGCAUUUAUCAGAUCGUUAACAAGAUCGAUUCAAUGGAAUGCUAGAGGUGGUAAAUCUGGAUCAACGUUUUGUAAAACAACAGAUGAUAGAUUUAUUUUAAAAGAGAUGCCAAAAUCCGAAAUUCAACUUUUUUUGGAAUUCGCCCCUAAUUAUUUUUCCUAUAUGAAUCAUUGUCACGACACGUCCCAACCGACUUUAUUAGGAAAAAUUGUGGGAAUUUAUCAAAUUAUUUUUAAAAAUAAUAGUACAAACGCCUCGUUGCGAACUCACGUUUUAGUUAUGGAAAAUCUAUUUUAUAACCGCACAAUAACGCAAAGAUUCGACCUCAAAGGUUCCAUGAGAAAUCGUUUGGUAAAUCCAGAUAAUCAAGAUGAAGAAAUAGUACUUUUAGACGAAAAUUUAUUAUAUAUGUCUUGUGAUUCUCCUUUAUAUAUCUUUCAUCAUUCCAAAGCUGUACUUGCUGCAGCUAUACAAAAAGAUAUUGAAUUUUUAUCUGCGCAAUCUGUGAUGGAUUAUUCCUUGUUAGUAGGACGAGAUACAAAUAAUAAAGAAUUAGUUGUAGGAAUAAUUGAUUAUAUUCGAACUUUUACAUGGGAUAAACGAUUAGAAACGAUGGUAAAAAAAUCGGGAAUUCUUUGGGGACAAGGAAAGUUACCAACAAUUGUAUCGCCAGAAGAAUAUCGCGAUCGAUUCAUUGAAGCAAUGCACAAAUAUUUUCUUCAAGUUCCUGAUCCUUGGAUGGGAUUUGGGAAAAGUUUGGAGUAUUAAAUUAAAAAAUAAAUAAAUCAUUUUAGAAGAA